AUGCGCUCUCCAACCCACCUAAUCACACCAUGUCGAUACGUAUCCUCUUCAACUUGCGCUCGCACUUUCCCCUCUAUUCCAUUAAUAGGUUCCAAAGCUUUAGUUGCGUUACAGCUUAAGACUCAUUAUAGCACCAUGGGACCGACAACUACUCUAUACGAUUUUAAGCCAAAAGAUAAGAAUGGCGAACCAGUUCCACUUGAAAAGUACAAAGGUCAAGUAGUCUUAAUCGUGAAUACGGCAUCGAGAUGUGGCUUCACUCCUCAGUUUGAAGGACUAGAAAAGUUAUACAAGUCAGUUUCAUCAACACACCCGGGGAAAUUCACGAUUCUGGGGUUUCCUUGCAACCAAUUCGGUGGACAAGAUCCAGGAUCAAAUGAUGAGAUACAGAACUUCUGUCGCAUCAAUUAUGGCGUCACGUUUCCAAUGUUGGGCAAAGUUAAUGUGAAUGGUGAUACGGCAGAGCCGCUUUUUGAGUGGUUAAAAGUGGAGAAACCUGGCAUAAUGGGAAUGAAGAGGGUCAAGUGGAAUUUUGAAAAGUGGCUCGUGUCAAAAGAUGGUAAGCCCAUUAAGAGAUAUUCAAGUGCUGCAGGCCCCGAAGGCAUUCAAAGUCUUAUAAUAGAAGAGAUUGAGAAAUAG